AUCCAACAUGUCUUCAGACAUCCUCGCCGACUUUGUGUCGGAGCUGGGAGAGGAGCUGCAGGAGUUCCAGGAUGUGGUGGAGGAGCUGAAAGCCCCCUCUCAGAGCAAACCUCACGCUUACCAGCACGUCCUGCACGAGGCGAAGAGCCGCACAGGCCAGGGCGACGACAGCGGAGUGGAAGACUCUGACUACAGCAGUGGGACUUCUAUGGGGAACAGUUUAAACACCAGUGAGGAGGAGCUCCACACUGCAGGAGUAACACAGACACAGAAAGCCAAGCUGGGAGACACAGAUGAACUCCAGAGUUUUAUCGACAUGUUGGACCAGGAACUCGCUGAGAUGUGAGACGAGAUCGAGAGAGGGUGAGGCUCUGAGCAGAACACGAGAUCUACACCAGAGCGGAUCUGACGGAGCCAACGCUUCUGCCGCUUCAGGGCCGAAAUGAAAACAAACAAAAUCACCUUCAGAAACUAAAAGGACGCUUCAUUCUGAAAUACAACAACAGCCUCAGGUGCCUUUGGCCAGCGCCACGCCCAGCCAG